AGGUCUGUGUUUUACUAUCUCCCAAGCACCGGAAGCAGCGUGUGCUUUCGAUUUCGAUUUCAUUUCCGACAUAUUAUAUCUAGGCUAACACACGAAAUAGAAUGGAAUGUGAUUCAGAAGCUACAGAAACUGAGCAAAAUGUCCCAGCUGGUCCGUCUGGGAGUAAACCAGAGGAUCAGUUUGUCCUAUCCACGGUAGGCAAUCAAGAGAAUGUUAAACCUGACAGUGAUACUGUGGUACAGACUGACAGUGGUGACACAUCGGACAAGAAGGAUGAAGCUGGAAUGUGUGUUAAUUUAGAAAGUGGUGUUGAUGAAGCAGGAAUUAGUGAGAAUGUUGGAGAGGAUGGGGAUGAUGAAGAGGAGUCAAAAGACCAGGAUGAGUCUUCUGCUUCUAGGACAGACCACUUAUUCACAUCUGAAAUAUUCAAAAUAGAAAUUCUUAACCUGCCAAGGUUUGGAUUUAAACAAUUAAAGAAACGCUUAGCAACUUUGGAAGUAAAACCAGUAAAAAUCAAAGCCCUUGAAAGGAAAGGCUUUGCAUUUGCAACAUUUAGGAAUGAGGAAGAAAGAGAAGAUGCCAUUAAGAAGAUUACUGGCCAUGUUUGGAAGGAACGGAAACUCAAAGUGAAGAAAGCAUCUGCUACAAUGGAUCCACUUCUUCAGAAGAGGAAGCGAGAAUCUGAACAGAAAAUGGAUGAACCUCCUGAUAAAAAGGACAAACUGGAUGAUGAUCUACCUCCAGAAAUCAGACUGAAGAAUGCUGUAUCCCCUCUGUGGAAUGUCCCAUAUGAGGAUCAGCUAAAGAUGAAAAUGCAAGAUAUGGUACAGAUAUUGAAGACAUUAGCUAAUCGUAUUCAGAGAGAAAACCCUGAAUUUCGAGACUGGCUUAAGGCCCAAAGGUCAAAGUAUGAUGGGAAAUGCUGUGAGAUGCUACCCAUUAAAGCCUCUCCCAUGUUAGAAGCAUACAGAAACAAGUGUGAAUUUACCAUUGGAAAGGACAUCAAUGGGCAAGACAAUACUGUGGGAUUUCGGUAUGGACUAUAUAAGCAAGGCAGCAAAAGUGUAGGGGAACCACACGAUCAGAUUAUAAUGCCAGAUUCAAUGAAGAGAUUUGUAAAGAGUUUCCAAACGUUUAUCCGUGCCAGUGGCUAUGGUGCGUAUGACCCCCAGAGUCAUGAAGGUCACUGGCGGAUACUGACGACUCGGGUCUGUCAAGGUAGUGCUGAUUUCAUGGCAGUCAUAGACUUUGACCCCCAGAAUCUCUCUAAGGAGGACCUUGAAGCUUUAAAGUCAAAAUUGAAGGACUACUUUUCAACAGGGGAAGGAAGUGACUGUGGAGUGACAAGUCUCUUUUUCCACACAUAUAAAGAUAGGCCAGCAAAUCCACCAGAAUAUGAGCUUCUGUUGGGAGAAAAGUUUAUACAGGAAGAAAUGCUGGGAAUGAAGUUCAGGAUAUCACCUGGAGCCUUCUUUCAAGUAAAUACAGCUGCAGCAGAGGUUCUGUACACAGAGAUAGCGGACUGGUGUAAUGUUUCUCCCGAUACUACCGUCCUGGAUAUCUGCUGUGGCACUGGUACCAUCGGACUCAGUGUUGCCAAGAAAGUAUCCCGAGUGGUAGGCAUAGAGAUGUGUCAGGAGGCGAUCAAUGAUGCUAAAGAGAACGCCAAGAUAAAUGAUGUCGAAAACGUUCACUUUGUGUGCAGUAAGGCAGAAGACGCCAUCAAGCGCACAAUGAAGUCGCUACGAUCAACAGAUGUGGUGGCGGUGGUGGACCCACCUAGACCAGGACUGCAGUCAAGUGUGUUCCAAGCUUUGAGACGAUCCCCACAUCUAACUAAGGUCGUGUUUGUGUCCUGUAACCCCAAGGCUGCUAUGAACAACUUUAUAGACCUGACACGACAGACAUCACGACGUAACAAAGGCCCGCCUUAUCGACCUGUCAAAGCUGUCCCCGUGGACAUGUUCCCCCAGACACCACAUUGUGAACUUGUCAUUAUGUUUGAGCGGGACCAGCCUUACACGAGCCAAGAGGAUUCUCCAGCAAGCCCAUAGAACUUUCAUUAAAUUCGCAAUUUUAAUAAACUUGUCAUUUUAAGAUA